CCGCCGCGGCUCCGGCAAAAGUUUUCGCCGGAGCGGCCGAGCGCGCCGGUCCCGGUCCCGGUCCCCGCCAGCACCGAGAUGCACCUGGGAGCCGCUGCGAGCCCAGCCCUGACAGGGUCAUCCACGUGCCAGGGUCCUCGUCACCAGGGCAGAGGAGCUGCCGAGGGCCGGUAGGACGCCAGGGCCCUGCGCUGCUCCCCAUGCGGAGGGAUGUCCCAGCCACGUCUCCUCAGCCUCCUGCUGCUGCUGCUCUGCUGCCAGGGCCCCUGUGCCCAGAUCACGGAUUUCCUGCUGGAGAGCUGGAAGGCGUACCGUGAGGAAUGCCACCGCAACAUGAGCCGCCUGCCCGCGCCCACCGAGCUGGUCUGUAACCGCACCUUCGACAAGUUCUCCUGCUGGCCCGACACGCCGCCCAACAGCACCGCCAGCGUCCCCUGCCCCUGGUUCCUGCCCUGGCACCAGAAAGUGAAGCACAGACACGUCUUCAAGACCUGCGGGGCGGACGGUCAGUGGGUGACGGGCCCGCGGGGACAGUCCCUGCGCGAUGCCACGCAGUGCGAGCAGGAUGCCGAGGACCUGGCGGCGCAGGAGAUGUUUGCCAAGACCUACGGCAGCUUCAAGGUGAUGUACACGGUGGGGUACUCGGUGUCCCUGUGUGCGCUGCUGCUCGCCCUGGCCCUGCUUCUGGGCUUCAGCAAACUGCACUGCAUGAGGAACUACAUCCACAUGAAUCUCUUCGCCUCCUUCAUCCUGAAGGGCGUCUCCGUGCUGGUCAUUGACGCCCUGCUCAAGACCCAUUACAGUGACAAGAUUGACGACUACAAUGUGCACGUCUGGCUGAGCGAUGAGGCGGCCGCGGGCUGCCGGGCGGCCACGGUCUUCAUGCAGUAUGGCAUCGUGGCCAACUACUGCUGGCUGCUGGUGGAGGGCAUCUACCUGCACAACCUCCUGGUGGUGGCUGUCUUCUCUGAGCGGAGCUACUUCACCCUCUAUCUGUGCAUCGGCUGGGGGGCACCCAUGCUCUUCCUCAUCCCCUGGGUCAUUGUGAAGUUCCUCUAUGAAAACAUCCAGUGCUGGACCACGAACAACAACAUGGGCUUCUGGUGGAUCCUUCGCUUUCCCGUGUUCCUCGCCAUCCUGAUCAACUUCUUCAUCUUCAUCCGCAUCAUCCAGAUCCUGGUCUCCAAGCUCCGCGCGCACCAAAUGCGCUACACCGACUACAAGUUCAGGCUGGCCAAGUCCACGCUGACGCUGAUCCCACUGCUGGGCAUCCAUGAGGUGGUCUUCGCCUUCGUGACAGAUGAGCACGCGCAGGGCACCCUGCGCUACGUCAAGCUCUUCUUCGAUCUCUUCCUGAGCUCCUUCCAGGGGAUGCUGGUGGCCAUUCUCUACUGCUUCGUCAACAAGGAGGUGCAGGCAGAGCUGCUGAAGAGGUGGCAGCGCUGGAAGCUGGGGAAGGACCUGGCCGAGGAGUACAGGCACACGUACAGCCACGCGCCCAGCGCCCGCAACGGCGCCGGCGGCUCCUGCGAGAAGCACCAGCUGGUGAGCGGCUGUGCCAACGGGCUGGGCCGCAGCGCCGAGCGCCCCGAGAGGAGCAGCUGCGGCGUCGCCGAGCACCUCGCCCUGGGCGACCGGCACCACUGCUAUGAGUUUCCUGAGACCACGGCCGAGAGCCACUUCUGAGCCGGGCCCCAGCGGGGGCAGCCA